AUGGGACAGCCACAAAGAAGGAAAAAGAAGACAGCUGGUGACAAAUCAAAGCAUAGAGCAAUAAAGCAAAAGCAUUAUGAUAAAGAUAUUGACCAAGUUCAUCAUGAUCUAAAGCCUGAAGUUGCACAAAAAUUGAUAUCUCAGCCUUUAGAUGAAGAUUUGCCUGGACAAGGACAAUUCUAUUGCAUUGAGUGUGCAAGGUAUUUUAUUGAUAAUACAGCUCUUCUGCAUCAUAAAAAGGAUAAAGCUCAUAAAAAGAGGGUAAGAGAGCUGAAGGAAGUCCCAUACUCACAAGAAGAAGCAGAAAGGUGUGCAGGGAUGACGAAAUAA